GCAGAACGGCGGCGCUGCUGCUGCUGCUGCUGAGGGGCGGCGGAGGAGCGGGGCUGGUGCUGAGGAACUGGAGAAAUGGCCACUACACAAUCUGUCUUCACAUUUGCUCUCUGCAUUUUAAUGAUAACUGAAUUAAUACUGGCCACGGAGAGCUAUUAUGAUAUCUUGGGAGUUCCAAAAAAUGCAUCUGACCGCCAGAUUAAGAAGGCAUUUCACAAGUUGGCUAUGAAAUACCACCCAGACAAAAAUAAGAGUCCCGGAGCAGAAGCAAAAUUUAGAGAAAUUGCUGAAGCAUAUGAAACAUUGUCGGAUGAGAAUAAACGAAGAGAAUACGAUCAGCUUGGCCGUCAUGGAGGAAAAGGAAGUCAUGGAAGCCCUUUCCAUCAGUCAUUUAAUUUCAACUUUGACGAUCUGUUCAAAGACUUUGACCUAUUUAGUCAAAACUCGCGGUCAAAAAAGCACUUUGAAAAUCACUUCCGAAGUCAUCGGGAUGCUCAUAAUCGGCAAAGACGUUCUUUCCAAGAGUUUUCUUUUGGAGGUGGACUGUUCGAUGAUGUGUUUGAAAAUAUGGAAAAGAUGUUUUCAUUCAGUGACUUUGAAAAUGCACACAGACACGCGGUGCGAACUGAUGCCAGGUUUCAUGGAUCCAGCAAGCACUGCAGGACUGUCACUCAGAGACGAGGAAACAUGGUUACCACAUACACUGACUGUUCUGGACAAUAAUGUUUCUUGUCUUCUAAACUUUUAUUCUUUUCUCAACAGCUUAAUAACCUUUCUUGAUUUUGUGCUAACAUGGAAGAAAUUUUCUGAACUGUGUUUUCUAAAAAACACUUAAGCUACUAUAAAGAAGUUGUAGAUUAAACUAAUCUUCAGAAUAGAAACAGUAUGCUGUUGGGAAGUAAAUGUGUCAACAGCUGCUUAGAAUGGGAGAGAAAUAAUCUCAUGUGAUAGAAAAGAUUAUAUAUAUUUCAAUUUAGUAAAACUUUUCCUAAAUUUGACCACAAGAUAUGUUUCAUUUCAGAAACGUAUUACAAUUUUUUUUCAUACAAGCCAGUUCAGGAUUGAUUGAAUUACUGGUGUGUGGAUUGAAGCAGAGGAGGUACUUCAAUUUUGAUGUGCUACCUUUUUUUAAUAAUUUCUUUCCAAGUUUGCACUUGCAAUUUUUGCCUGAUACAGAUUUACAGUGCAAAUUACAAAAUUUACACAAAAUAGAAGCAUGAUUUCCCUGGGUCUUUGUUACUCUCUCUAGCAUUGCGAAAGUAUUAUUAAAACCCUUACUUUUUGAAUUUGGAAAAGAGUGAGGGAAUACAUUAAUGAAGUGAGUGAUGUAGGAUUUAGUUUUAUUUCUGAAUUGGCCUGAAGGGAUCUUAGGAUUUGAAUAACCCUUGACUUAUUUAGAUGAUAUAGGGAUAUUCAUGUACAUAAGUUUGUGUGCACACAAGGUUUUUGUUUUGUUGUUUUUUUUUUUUCCCUCCUAUAAUACAAAUAUCUCUCAAACAAGGUUUGGAAGGGCACACCCAAAACACUUGUGUUUUAUGCUUGCUAUAUUACCACGUGUGCAAUGUACAUUAUAUAACUCACUUUAUUGAGCUAAACUACCCCUCUGAGAUAUUGCGAACUUCAAUAAGAUAAGCUUGCCUACAGAUUUGUGGUGUUCCUGAAAGGGUCUAAGUAAAAGCUACAGUGUUUAUAUUGACAGAUUUAUUGCCUGUCAGCAAGAAUUUUUCAGCAUUGUUAUUUGAAAGGUAAAUUCUUAGCCUAGCAAUGGAGUACAAGUGAAAAUUACAAUCCUUGUAUUCAUCCAAUGCCUUGUGGGGCUGGAAACUGCUAAUAAGGGCAGUACUAAUGGGUAUUGAUUUUAGCACCAUGGAAGCCCACAACCAGUGUAAACUACUUAAAACUAAAAAGGAAGAAAAAAAAAGCCACCAGAAAAUGCCACACAACAAAACCCCCAAAUACUUUAGCCGAUGUCAAUCAAAAAGUUCUGUUCUAACUCUUAACUAGUCAUACAGGCUAAGUUUGUUAAAUUGGCUGUCCCUUUAGAGCUGGGAGGUAGGAAUUUACCUUUCAGGUUGAUUGCAUGAGCAGAAUAAGCAUUUUAACUAGCAGUGUUCUAAACAGGCUUUGAGUUUUUAAAAUCGUUAUUGAGAGAUUUAACCCGUUGCUUCUUGGAUGGAUAUUGAAAGCUGCCUAUUUGCUAAGGAACUUUCACCUUCCCCUCAAGCGUACAUAUUAUUGCUUGUUCAGUUUUCAUUUCCUAAUCCUUGGAAUGGAUGUUGUAUUAAGUGCUUUUCCUUUUCUGUGUUCUUAUUUAUUAAUAGACUAAUACCUCAUAUAUGGUCUUUAUUAAAAGCCAGUAAUUUGUGCAACAUUAUCGGAAUGUGCAAUAUUCUUGUAGUAGGAAAAGUGCUGGAUUGAGUGUGUUUUUUUUCGCCCUUUUUCUGUGUACGUAGAGAUUUUUUUCUUCUGUAUAAUUUAAUAUAUGAUUCAAGCAAAAGUUCUACUUGGUGUAGAUUUCUGCAUUUAUUUUCUUUAACAUACUUCAUUAGUCCUGUGCAUGAAUCAAACUAUCUGUACAAUUCCUAUCAUAUGGGCAUUUAUGAGAACAAAGUAUUUACUUAAAGUUAUGUAUUACUUUUUCUCACAAAGAGUAAGUGUUAAACAUGA